UUCAGGGGUUAAGAGAGUAGAUGCAAAUAUGAGAGAGAUGACAGGAAGAGGGGUACCACUGAUAUUUAAAAUUGCAUGGUGUGUUACAACUCCUAUACUCCUGGUGGUCACCCUAGGUUUCACUGUGUAUACAUAUGCACCACCUUCGUAUGGUGACUACGAGUAUGAACCAUGGGCUAUUAGCCUAGGCUGGUGUAUAGCCGCGGCAUCAUUAGUCCCAAUACCCGUCUACUUAACCUAUCGACUCUACAAAACACCCGGAUCAAUUCUUGAGAGAUUUAGAGUGAAUCUACGUCCUAAUGAAAAAUGGGGUCCACCAAAGGAAUUAACAAAACCAGAAAUCAUUUCUCCGGAGAAACUAUGGGGAACCGACUCUACCGGACAAGACGCUGUCGGAACGGAUGUUUCAAAGUCUUCGAUAGAAAAAGGCGGAUUGGAUAAUCCCGCAUUUCAAACAAGACUCUGAUUAUGUCUUUUAAAACACAUGGAGGCAUCUGCGCAUAUAUACUUUAAUUUGAUUUUUUAAAAAAAUUCAUAUGUUAUUGAUACUUUAUAAAUCGAAAAAAAAUAUAUAAAUAUAAUGUAUAAAUAAUUGCAAAAACGUACUACAAGUACUUUUUGAGAUAUUGACAAAAAAGCUAAUGGUUAGUUAGCUUUUUUUAAUAUUUAAAUCAUGUUUUGACUUUUCAACUCAUAGCUGGGAUAUUGACAAUGAAACACAAGUACACGAAAUAGACAUUAACAAUUAUAAGAUAAGAUAAGAUAAGAAAUUGAUUUAUUAUAGUGACAUGUGUAACAACAAUGAUAUGAUACAUAUAAACAAGAAACAUGAAAUUUACACCCGGCCCAAUGGACCUGUAUGUACCUUAUUUAUAACGUACAUGUAUUUACAAUUUUCAAAAUUAUUUGCACUUGAAUAUCUAAGAAUGGCGAUUAUAAAAUUUGAAACAAUCGUAGAAUAAAACAAUGAAAUGAAGCUCCCCUAUGAAUGAAGACUUAAUUAAAUGAAUUUUAGUUAAUUAUCAGUGAUACGGAUUAAUAAGGCUUAGUAUUAGGAUAAUUAAUCGAAAAGUGUAGUGAAUUUAAUGUAAAUGAGAAGUUUUAUCUGAUGAAGUAAUACUAGACAGAUUAUAUUUAUAGCAUUAGUGUAACACCAACGUUAAAUUGCAAAAGCGACUUUCUAUAUUAAAUUAUGUCUCUCAUCCUUACUAUAGCUAUAUUACAGUUUAUGAUUGCAAUGAUUAUCACAAAACGUACUACCAUACAUACAUGUGCGAUUUCAUUAUAUGUGUACAAUUAUCACAAACAUCAACC